CUUGAGUAUUUUCCCGGCAUUGCGUGUAUUGGCGGUUGUUGGUGGUUUUAUUGAAGAAAAUCGCGCUAUUUGUUGCAUUAAAGCAAGAAUUGGGGGUUGAAGAGGGUCAAAAUGGACUUCCCUUACCGUGCAGAAUAUGCGAAAAGUGGACGUUCAAGUUGUCGGGGGUGUAAAUCGACAAUUGGGCAAGGAACACUCCGGCUUGCCGUCAUGGUCCAGUCACCAGUUUUCGACGGCAAAACCCCUAACUGGUACCACCACAUGUGUUUCUUCAGUAAACAGCGCCCCAAAUCCGUCGACGACAUACAGCACUUUGAAGCCCUACGACUAGAAGACCAAAAAAAAAUCAAAGACAAAAUAGGCUCAGGAGGGGCAGCUGUAAUUGUACCAGACACCAAAGCCAAAGGCAAAAAACGAGACGCCACUGCGGUUGCGGCGAAAAAGGCGGCCCUUAAGGACUUCAAAAUCGAGUACGCCAAGUCCGGUAGGGCCACGUGUAGGGGGUGUGAGCAGAAAAUACUAAAAGACGAGGUGAGAAUUUCAAAAAAAGAUUUCGAGACUGAAGUAGGCAUGAAGUAUGGGGGCCAAGACAUGUGGCACCAUCUUUCCUGUUUUGCGAAAUUGCGGUCAGAACUGGGUUAUUUUGAGUCCGCGGAGGCCUUGCCUGGGUUUAAAUUACUGAAUAAAGCUGACCAGGCGGACGCUAAGAAAGAAUUGCCGCCAAUCAAGCAAGAGGAGGUUCCUGUUAAAAAAUUGAAAAGCGAAAAUUCAGGUGAUGAGUUUACAGAGAAAGAGUCAAAGUUGUACUCUGAACAGAACAAAAUUAUGUAUAAGUAUAGGGAUCAGCUGGAGAAGAAUUUAACUAAGAACGAGUUGACGGAAUUGCUGCAAUACAACGACCAAGACGUUCCUGCUGGUCAAGAUAGGAUCUUGGAUAGGCUGGCGGAUGUUAUGACUUUCGGGGCUCUCCUUCCAUGCAAAGAAUGCACAAACGGGCAGUUUGUUUUUGAAAAGUUUGGCUAUAGGUGUCGCGGACAUUUGACAGAAUUCACCACUUGUAACACACUUGUGGUACAACCAGAGAGAACACCCUUCCAAGUCCCGUCAAAUCUCGCCAAAGAGUAUCCGUUUUUGAAAAAAUAUAAAUUUGUGGCGAGAGAUCGGGUGGUGAAAAAGGCGCCGCCGUCUCUGGAGGUGAAAAAAGAGGAGGAAAACGGGCAACCAAAAGUGGCUAGGCAAGCACCAGCGCUCUACAAUAUGGAGUUUGUGAUUUUGGGCCAGCCCAAGCGCUCUAAAGAGGAGUUGAAGAAGCAGAUCGCUAAAUUGGGGGGUAAAGUGACCACUAAGAUCAGUGGGACGGUGAUGGCGGUGUUUGCGUCGGAAGCCGACGUUGAAAAAAUGGGGGCCCGGAUGCAGACUGUUCAGGAUAAUCAAGUUCAUGUCGUUCCGGAGGAGUUUGUGGAUGAAGCGCCGCAGCACGUCGGGAAAAUUCCGGAGUUGGUGGUCGCGAAGUCGAUUUGUGAUUGGGGUUCAGAUCCAAAAACCCGCCUGCCCCCCGAACCUUCCACCAGCAAAUCCGGCAAAUCGAAAUCCGGCAGCAUCUACACCAGCUCCAUGCCCAGCAAGGUAAAACUAACCCUCAAAGGGGGAACCGCCGUCGAUCCAGACUCCGGCCUCGAACACGAAGCCCACGUCUACACCCACAACUCCGACAAAUACACAGUCGUGCUGAGCAAAACCGACAUCCAAUCCAAAAAGAACAGCUACUACAAACUACAACUCCUGAAAUCCGACCGGGCGCAAAAAUUCUGGGUGUUCAGGUCGUGGGGGCGCAUCGGCACCACCAUCGGCGGCAACAAACUAGAGAACUUCCACUCGCUGCAUGACGCGAAAACCGCGUUCUGUCAGCUGUAUGAAGAGAAAACCGGGAACAUGUGGGAAGACCACCACAACUUCCAGAAAGUCCCGGGCCUGUUUUACCCCGUCGACGUGGACUACGGCGACGACGAGCAGGUGAAGUCGUUGGACAUGACCGACUCGACAUCUUUGUUACCAGUUCCUGUGCAAGAUUUGAUGAGGUUGAUUUUCGAUGUGAACGCUAUGCAGAAGGUUAUGUUGGAGUUUGAACUCGAUACGGAGAAAAUGCCGUUAGGGAAGUUGAGCAAGAAGCAAAUCCAGAAUGCUUAUAGCGUUUUGACUGAGCUGCAGCAACUUGUUGAUAACAAUGGGGCUGAAAAUAGAAUCAUUGAUGCCACAAAUAGGUUCUAUACUUUUAUACCGCACUCGUUCGGGAUUGAUGAUCCUCCUGUAUUACGUGACACAGAAGUCAUUAAGCAAAAAAUCGACAUGCUGGACAGCUUAUUGGAGCUCGAAAUCGCCUACAACUUGAUGAAGUCCAGCGGUUCGGAGAAAAACGUCGACGGCUACUACAAGCAGCUCAAUACCGAAAUCGAGGUGUUGGAUAAAGAGGCCGAGGAGUUCAGUCUCAUUCAAGACUACGUCAAGAACACCCACGCCGAAACCCAUAGUAGCUACACCCUCGACAUUAAAGACGUCUUCACGGUCAAACGUCAAGGCGAAGAGAAACGGUUCAAACCGUUCAAGAAGCUCCACAACCACAAGUUGUUGUGGCACGGCUCUCGAACUACCAACUUUGCGGGGAUUUUGGCCCAGGGGCUGCGCAUUGCGCCCCCGGAGGCACCCGUCACGGGUUACAUGUUCGGGAAGGGUAUUUAUUUUGCGGAUAUGGUGUCGAAGUCGGCGAAUUAUUGCUGCACUGGACCCACCAAUCCCACUGGUUUGUUACUGCUGUGCGAUGUGGCCUUAGGAAAUAUGUAUGAAAGAACCCAAGCUGAGUAUGUAGAGAAGUUACCCAAAGGUAAGCACAGUACUAAAGGUUUGGGGCGGACUGAACCAGAUCCGAGUGCGGCGAAAAAUCUCAACGGGGUUGAAGUGCCUCUGGGUAAAGGAGUGACCGACAAUAACAAGGGUUCAGCUUUGCUGUAUAAUGAAUACAUUGUAUACGAUGUGGCACAGGUCAACGUCAAGUAUUUGCUAAAAGUUGAUUUUAAAUACAAGUACUAAAUAUUUACUGCUAUAUUUUUGAAAGUUUUGAUGUUUAAGCCAUUUUUCAAUAAAGUUAUAUUAAUAAAA